AGGAAGUUGAAUCAGGGAUGCCUCUGCCGCUUCAGCAGGGAAUUUUUCAGCCUGCAGUGGAGCCCAUGCAGGUGGAUGCUGCACCAGAGGAAAAUGAUAAUGUUGAGGAGGAACAACAUUACACUGUGGACAACCCCUCCGUGGAUUUAGAACAGUAUGCCUCCCAGUACUCAGGGCUGGCCAAACUCAACAGGCUGAUGUUCAUAUCAGACCACUGUCCAUCACUUAAAGUCGAAGCUCUGCGCAUGGCUCUUACCUAUGUGAUGACGACCUACAAUACAAACCUGUAUCAAGUUGUUCAUAGGAAGCUGCAAGAAGCUGUGUCCACGUCAUCUACUCUACCUGAUGCAGUAGCAGGGGCGGUGCACAAUGUGCCUGCACUAGACACUCAGUGGAUUGAAACCACAGCCAAAAAGGCUGCCCUCAAGCUUGAGAAACUGGACACUGACUUGAAGAACUACAAAAGUAAUUCUAUCAAAGAAAGUAUACGGUAUUGAAAAUUUCUUUCUGUUUCAGGCGGGGGUCACGAUGACCUGGGAGAUCACUAUCUAGACUGUGGUGACUUAAGCAAUGCAUUGAAAUGCUAUUCAAGGGCAAGAGACUACUGUACAAAUCCAAAACAUGUUGUAAACAUGUGUUUAAAUGUUAUAAAGGUUAGUGUGUACCUACAGAACUGGUCUCACGUGCAGAGUUACGUGAACAAAGCUGAAGCAACACCCGAAGCCACAGAGCAUGUAAAAGAUGGGCAGUUGAUCCAGACAAAGUUGAGAUGUGCAGCAGGGUUGGCAGAUCUCGCUACUAAAAAAUACAAAUCAGCAGCCAAAUACUUUCUUCAAGCUAGCUUUGAUCACUGUGAUUUUCCAGAGCUUUUGUCCGCCGGCAAUGUAGCUACAUAUGGUGCCCUAUGUGCCCUAGCUUCAUUUGACAGACAAGAGUUACAGAGAAACGUCCUUUCUAGCAGUUCUUUCAAACAGUUCUUGGAGCUGGAACCACAGCUCCGGGAUAUUAUACACAAAUUUUAUGAAUCCAAGUACGCCUCCUGUUUAAAGUUAUUGGAUGAAAUCAAGGAUAACUUGUUGUUAGACAUGUACCUGGCCCAGCAUGUGACAACACUGUACACGUAAAUAAGGAACAGAGCACUUUGCCAAUACUUCAGUCCUUACCUGUCUGCGGACAUGAUGAAAAUGGCUGAAGCUUUCAAUACGACCGUCCCUGCCUUGGAGGAUGAGCUGAUGCAACUGAUUUUAGACGGGCAGAUCAACGCUCGCAUAGAUUCUCACAAUAAGAUCUUGUAUGCCCAAGAUGUAGACCAGCGGGCCACAACCUUCCAGAAGGCGAUAACUAUGGGGAAAGAGUACCAAAGACGGACAAAGGCCUUGAUACUUCGAUCUGCAGUGUUAAAAAAUCAGAUUCAUGUCAAGAGUCCACCUCGGGACGGGGGUACAGGAGGUGAGAUGUCCAUCGCACCAGGCAAUGCGUCAUCAGCAAGGAACUGAGGCAGGAUUUAAACUUUGAAGAACUCGUAAUUCUUCUGUUUUGUCCCAGCAUUCUGCUGGACAUGUGCAGAUUUGAUCCACCACGAGUUGUCAUCAUCACCAGCAGCAGUAGCAGCAGCAUCUGCUGCAUGCUGCGUCUCUUGCGUGCACAGCGGCGUACCAUACCGCAGCUCUGCUUGGUCAUAAACUGUGAUACCCAGUGAAACACUGUGUUCUGAGCCUCUACCAGACGCAGUCAUAGACACAUUCUGUGGGAGUGGUACAGAAAUCACAGAAAUAUCCAUAGCGUUUUGUUGUGGAUUACUUAUAUACCUUAAAACUAUAUAUGCAAAGCUGAUGAUACGGAAUGAUGUCAAAGUGCUCAAGUCUAAGAACUUUUAAUCUAGUGCUACUGACAUUUAGAGACUUCUUCAGUUUCACUACCCAAGACUUAUCUGAAUUUGUUCGACUUACAUCUGCAAUAGAUAUCUUAUGGUGUUAUUUUGAGAGAACUGUACGUACCCAUGUUUCUUAUAUGGUAUCUGAUAAAGCAACGAGGUUUUUGAAAAUGCUAUUGUUGGCUUGAUUGUUACGUUUUGCCGGUUGUUACUGUCAUGCCAUACCCAGUUAUCUCCCCUUGCUGUGCCAUGUAUCCCACCAGGGACAAAUGUGUGAUAUACAGUUUCACAAAUAACUGACAAAUCAUUUAAAAAUAGCAUGGGAUAUGGUUUAUGUAAAUUCCAGUUCAUUCAUUUUGAUUUACAAGAAAUGCAAAACAUGUCCUCAAAAUGUUUUCAUUAUAUAUCUUUGGCUCUUAAUCUGUUUAAAGUAUUCAAGAGAUAUAUGCGUAUCCUCUGUUAUAGAGUAAACAUUCCUUUGUGACAGAAACUUUUAGAUUUGACAUAGUCUCAGCUAGAAUAUUGUAUUAUCCGCUUAUUGAUCAAUAUAACUGGGACAUAUUUUUAAAAGCUAUUAGCCAAAAAUAUUUUCAUAAUUGAUUGACAUUUUGGACAAGUUCCGUUUGUGUUAGAUGCUGUUAAAAUGUUGAUUACACUGUAGAUGCAAAAUUAUUUUCAGCAGAUAAAUGUGAAAUAUGUCAUUAUUUUACCUUUAAGAUAUCUAACUUUGACAUAUCAUUGAAUUAGAAUAUUUGCUAGAUUACCUUAGAGAUGAUCGUCAGAUCUUGUCAAAAUUACCAACUGAAAUUUUGAGGUUUGAGUAUGUGGUAUCCAGAGAACAGGUAUUUGUAGACAGGCGCAGAAUGGAUAAAAUCUGUCACAUUCUCAUGUCGAACAACAGUGAAGCUACCAUCUUGAUGGAACAGUUUGUGUAUAUGCUGUGAAUUGACAAUAUUUUUCAGCAAUAUUGUUCUGUGCAUGAGUUUAUCUUCAAGCGGUAUUGUCUACACUCUGCUUUGUAUGAAAUAAUAUAGUAACACUACAUAUACAAAUAUAGCUCACCAGAUUGUCAUUGUGACUCUAAACAAGGAAUGGGAAGCCUGUUUUCAGCUUAUGGAUAAUGUAUAUUUUAAUGGAUUUCUUAUGAAUUUGAACAGUUGUGCCUGGCACAGAAUGGUCGAGGGGUUUGAAACACUGUUAUUCUCUACCAGUAUAUAUAAAUACAACGUGUACUUAAUCAGUGUUUUAUUUUUAAUACGGUAACCGUGGUAACAGUGCUUCAAACUCUUAAGCACAAUGGUAUUUAAAGUGGUUCUUGUUUAUUGUAUUUUGAGAGUUAAGAGUCACAGGUUUUCUUGAUUUCAAUAUGUAUCAUGUCCAGUUACUGCGAUGAUUGAACUUUCAGGUUUUAAUGCAAGUUGUAUCAAAUUAAGUUAACCUUGAAUUGUUAGGAAUGGCUAUCAAUACUCAUAUUACUCUGUAUAAUGUUUAACUGUUGCCAUAUUUGUUGCAUUUGUAAAUUUUCUUCCAGUUCCUGAAUUGACAACACUACUGUGGCUCUUAUAUGGUAAUAGGCCUUUUACUGAAAUAUUUUAUCACUCUUGCGUUAAUGUGAAUACUACUACUUGCCUACAGAUUUUUCACUAGAAAUUUCAUUGUAUUAAAAUAUUUAAAUAAAGAGUGACCUUGAUGUACAUGAUGAAAAUGUUAAUUUGAAGAUGAUGUUUUGAUAUGAAAUGUAGCUGUGGGAAAUACACAGUUGAUGCACA